UCGAGUUCUAUUUUUGUAUUCUAUGGAAAACUAGUUUGAAGAUACAUUAUUUUAAUAUACCGUGCGAAUGGACGAUAGACGUGUGUUUUACACUUUUAAAAAAUGUUUAGCGAAAAUUUUUUUUUAGUAAUUUUUACGUGCACCGUGAUAAUAUCCAAUGUACAACCAAAAGGAAUAAAGUUGAUAAAGAGACAAACUGAAGACAGAUGGUCAUGGGGAUAUUUGAAUCAGUCGCAAAAUACAACAACAGAAAACCCAACAACUAUAGAUGACCAAGAUAUGACUACACCUAAAUUCUGUUCUCCUACAUAUAAGCCACCAGAAAAACCAGAUUUUAAGACGCCAGAAAGGAGGAUAAGUGAAGCAAAAUGUAUGGAAUACGUUUGGGAACUAAAGCAACGCAAACAAGUAAUCGAUGAGUUUUUUAUAUGUGUACAGUAUACGAAAAUAUCGGAGAAUCCGCAAAUAUCUGAGUAUCCUAUUGCGGUAGGAGGUCAUGCGACUCUUCUUGGAGAAUUUCCCCAUAUGGGUGCCAUAGGAUGGAAAGCCGCGGUCGGUACAUGGGUGUUCAAAUGCGGCAGUUCCCUCAUCAGCGAAAAAUUUGUGCUCACUGCUGCCCACUGUACAAAAGCCUCUACAAGCGAUACCACUAUUUCGGAUGUUGUCCCGAAAAUUGUUCGGAUUGGCGACAAAAAUAUAAUUGAUCUAAAUACUACUGAUAGUCCACCGAGAAUAGACGCAAUGAUCACAAGAAUAAUAGUACACCCUCAAUACAAACCACCGAAGAAAUACUUCGAUAUUGCCCUUAUAGAACUGGACCAUGCAGUAACAUUCUCAAAAUAUGUUCAGCCUGCUUGCCUUUGGAACAAGCCAUCUACCACUGAACUAGGAACACAGGCGGUUGGAACUGGUUGGGGAGUGAUAGAGUCUGGUUCCCUCGAAAUUUCACCAGAGCUCCAAGAAAUAACAGUCGAUAUAUUAGAAAAUGACUUUUGUGAUCGACUACUGAUGAACAACCAAAACAGAAACUGGCGUGGGUUCAUGGACCACCAACUAUGCGCAGGAGUACUGGCCGGUGGAGUGGAUUCCUGUCAGGGUGACUCGGGUGGUCCUCUGCAAAUAAAAAUGCCGCUGCCAAACGACCUCACUGAUGCAGAGGGAACUAUGAGUUACGUCAUCGGCAUAAUAUCGUUCGGAGUUGGUUGUGCACAUCCAAAUCUACCAGGGAUUUAUACGAGAGUGUCUAGUUUUAUUGAUUGGAUUGAAGAGAAUGUUUGGUCAAAUGAAUAAAAGUAUUUAAAAGUUCAA